UUGGGAGGGGGUAGAGUUUAGUCUCUAAAUCCUGUCCGACUCUUGCGACUCUAUGCACUGUAGCCUGCCAGGCUCCUCUGUCCAUGGGAUUCUCUAGGCAAGAAUACUGGAGUGGGUUGCUGUUUCCAUCUCCAGGUAAUCUUCCCGACCCAGGAAAGGAACAGGGGUCUCCUGCACUGCAGGCAGAUUGGGAGGCAGAGGUGCCAAACCAAACUGCGAAAAUCGUAAAACUCCUAAAAAGCUUUCCAGAAUAGUACAUACAAACCGGGAAGCGUUAAAAGGUGCGUUCCCUAGAGCCAGGUCCAUAGAUUUCGAUUUCAGAUAGUCUGGUAGAAUCUACAUUUUAUUUGAAUAAACUCUUCCAGGUAAUUCUGAGCUGGAGGUGUGAAGUCAACAUUUUAAGGAACUGCUCCUUAAACUACAUACAUAUCCUCACUGCUGGAAGUCCUUUCUUUGGUCAAACCAGAGUCUGCUGUUUUGAAAGUUGUUUCGGGGGAUCCUGCUUGCUUCUCUGCAGACUAAAUUCUCACCAGGGUUUGGCUUGGCUCCUCACACUGGGGCAACGGUAACCAUGGUAACCUAAAUGGGGAGUAGGGGGAAAAUCUUGAACUUUGGCCUGGCUCCUGGAGGGGCUGGCAGCAGUUAGACCCGGACCCAUGCUAGGACCUUGACAAUUUGGAUCUUGAUCUAAGAGUUCAGCCAAAGCAAAGUGAAGAAGAUCGGGGCGCUCCAGAGAGGGUCAUUCUUUCAGAGAUAGGGUUCCGUGCUUCAGCGCCGGCGGGAAUGGACACAGGCAGAGGCUCGGACUCCUGAAGCCACUGCGCUCGCCCCUCCGCCAAACUGGAACGGAGAGGCGGGGCCGGGCCGGGCCGGGGGCGGGGCCUGGGCUGAGGAGCGCGCGUUCUUGGUUACUAUGGUAACGCGUCAACACCCUGCGCGGAAGUGGUGUUGUGGGCUGCAGACGCGGUGGAGGCGCCGAGUUGGGGCGUGCGGCUGAGAUGCCAUUAAGCACAGCUGGCGUGCUGAGCUCUGCCUCUACUGCUUCCAACAGGUCAAGGAAUAGGCCUCGCUAUCGGACCAAAGCCCUGAGCUCCGAGGUGGAUGAGAGCCUUUUUGGAGCUAUCAAGCCCCUGACCCGGAGUGACAGCCCCAUUGUGCUGCUCCGAGAUAAGCAUGCCAUUCGGAAAACACUCACGGCGCUGGGCUUGGACCACAAGCCGGAGACCAUCCAGCUCAUCACCCGGGACAUGGUCCGGGAGCUAAUCAUUCCCACCAAGGACCCUUCCGGGCAGUCCCUUAUCAUGAGCCCUGAGGAAUUUGAGCGGAUUAAAUGGGCAUCCCAUGUCCUAACCAAAGAAGAACUCGAGGCCAGGGAGCAGGCCUUCAAGAAGGAGAAGGAAGCCAUUGUGGACACAGUGACCACACGCAAGAAGAUCAUGAAACAGAAGGAAAUGGUUUGGAGGAACAACAGGAAGCUCAGCGACCUGGAGGAGGUAGCCAAGGAGAGGGCCCAGAACCUUCUGCAGAGAGCCAACCAGCUGCGGAUGGAGCAGGAGGAAGAGCUGAAGGAUAUGAAAAAGAUCAUCCUCAAUGCCAAGUGUCAUGCCAUCCGGGAUGCCCAAAUUCUGGAGAAGCAGCUGAUCCAAAAAGAACUGGAUGCAGAGGAGAAGCGGUUGGAUCAGAUGAUGGAGGUGGAGCGGCAGAAAUCUGUUCAAAGGCAGGAGGAGCUAGACAGAAAGAGGAGGGAGGAGAGAAUCCGAGGAAGACGGCACAUUGUGGAACAGAUGGAAAAGAACCAGGAGGAGCGAUCGCUGCUUGCUGAACAGCAGGAACAGGAGAAGGAGCAGAUGCUGGAAUACAUGGAAAAGCUCCAAGAGGAGGAUCUAAGGGACCUGGAACAGAGGCACCAGCAAAAGCUGAAGAUGCAGGCUGAGAUCAAACGCAUCAACGAUGAAAACCAGAGGCAGAAAGCAGAGCUGCUGGCUCAGGAGAAGCUGGCCGACCAGAUGGUGAUGGAGUUCACCAAGAAGAAGAUGGCCCGAGAAGCAGAGUUUGAGGCUGAGCAGGAGAGAAUCCGGAGGGAGAAAGAGAAGGAGAUCGCCCGCCUGAGGGCCAUGCAGGAGAAAGCCCAGGAUUACCAGGCAGAGCAGGAUGCCCUGCGGGCCAAGCGCAAUCAGGAGGUUGCUGACAGAGAGUGGCGCAGAAAGGAAAAGGAAAACGCACAGAAGAAGAUGGAAACAGAGGCCAAGCUGCGGAAAAGUCGACUAGAACAGGUGGCUUUCAAGGAGCACGCUCUGGCUGUCCAGGUGCAACGGGACCGGGAUGAGUUCGAGAGGAUUCUCCGGGCCCAGCGAGAGCAGAUUGAAAAGGAGCGGCUGGAGGAAGAGAAAAAGGCUACAGGGCGCUUACAGCAUGCCAAUGAGCUCCGGCGCCAGGUGCGGGAGAACCAGCAGAAGCAGGUGCAGGCCCGGAUCGCCACCUUCGACGAGGGCCGGCGCCUCAAGGAGGAGGCCCAGAAGCGGCGUGAGCGCAUUGAAGACAUCAAGAGGAAAAAGCUCGAGGAGCUGAGAGCCACCGGCCUUCCUGAGAAGUACUGCAUUGAAGCUGAGCGCAAAGCUAACAUCCCAGUCAACACUUCUGUGAACUGAGGGAACCCCUCUGCCCCUCAAGAUGCCUUCAAGGGGGGCAGGUUCCUCCCCAGCUCUCGAUGUCCAUAACUGCUGCUAAUCUAGACAGUUCUGAGUUAUAGAUUAAAUCUAUUCUACUUCUCCAA